CCGGAUUUGGGUAAAGCAGAUUUGAAAGACAUCGCUGAGGUUGUUACUAAAAAGAAAUCGCAAAUAGAUGGUUUAAUUGUAUCGAACACUACAACAGACCGUAGUGAUUUAAAAGAAACGACAUUAGCUAAAGAAAAUGGUGGUUUAAGUGGUGCACCAUUACGUUCCAAAUCCACUAAACUAAUUGCAGAAAUGUAUCACCUUACAAAUGGAAAAAUUCCGAUUAUUGGUGUAGGCGGUAUUGCCUCAGGGGAUGAUGCAUUUGAAAAGUUGGAAGCUGGAGCAUCAUAUUUGCAAUUCUACACUGCUUUUAUAUACCAUGGUCCACCAGUAGUAUCACGCAUAAAAAGUGAACUCUCAAAUAUUUUAAAAGAAAGAGGAUAUAAUAAUAUUGAAGAAGUUGUUGGUAAUAACUAUAAAAAGUAUCUAAAUUAA